AUGGUGACUGGUGGCAUGUCCAGUGUCCCCAUAAUCUGUGGCUACAACAGUGGUCAACAUUUUUACUACGACGUGGAUCCAGACGGUGGACAUGUGAAGUUGACCAUAGAUCGUAGUAACAUAACACUGCUGGCAACCUGGGACAUUGUAAUCGCACAGAUCUCCUGUGGCUCCAGGUACCGAGCGCCUGAAGGCUGCCUACAGUACUACACGGCCACUGUUGGCACCAUCAGCAGUUUCAACUUCCUCCCCAGCAAUACUCCACUUCCGCCAGGUGCAGAAAUAGUGCAGCUGGCCAACCAGGACUACGGUGUGUGCAUCAAGAGAGCUGACGACUACUGUGGCAUCAUUUAUGACCGUAAUACCAACGACGGCGACUAUAGUUUUACACUCUCUGGAGAUACAAAUACUCUGCUUCCAUAUUUAAUUGGUACCUUCGAAGCUAACAGUCGGAACGAAGACUGUACGACAGACUACGUGGUCAUUCCUGGAGGCAGGUACACUAUGUAUGCUAACGAUAUUACAACAUUCCCAGCAGACAGAUACUGUGGCCUCGGCUUUCCUUACACCGUCACCACCACUGCCCAGCCCUUCGUACUGUACUUUAAAACAGACGGGGAUGAGUUGCUUGAUAACUGUAACCGAGGCUUCAGCCUCAACUACCGACAGAUUAUAAGCUGCGUAUAAUGACCUGCUAACAAAUACCACUAGCACUAGCAGAAGCAGCAACAACAGCAGUUGUAGUCGACGUCGUCACCAAGACUACAACCUGGAUGCUGAAAGACUCUGAAAAUCUAUCACUUGAUAAUGCUGAACAAAAAAGACUGGUUGUGGAACACGCUGUCACUGGGACUACGUUUUACUCUGUGUAGAUUUUGACUCAAUACCCAGUAUUAUGCCUACAUUAAUGGUAUAUAAUACUCACAGGUUCAUGAAUAAGACCCAAGUGUAAUACCUGGGUAUAUUAUUGACGUGCCGUUUCACGGAAAAUAUGCUUUCUCAGACUAAUCAAGUGGUAUGUGACAGUAAUAUCCUUAUAUUACUUAUAAAUAAUACCGACCAGUAGUAAAAUGUGCAAUGCCCGGGUUUUAUUAUUAAAAAAAUUCGUCAACUACA